UUUUUUUUUUUCCACACUUUUUUUUUUUUUUUCCCACACUUUUAUCUUCUUUAUCUCUUUUUCUUUUCCGCAUUCAUGGUGCGACCGGCGUUUACAUAUCCCAUCUCUAAUCACUUCUUCUUACAUAUACAUAUUGUAUUUUUUUCAAACCAUUUAUUCAUCCUUUCUAUCUGGGGUUGGCGUCGGCUUAGGCCAGCCAUUGUGGUCUUUAUAUUCUUUUUACUGGGGAUUUCUGAAAAAAAGACAAGAAAAAGGAUUUCAUAUCUGGUUUGCUUUGAGGCACGGUUGGGGUACGAUAUUGUUAUGAGUUUAUGUUACGAUAACUUUUUGAUUCUUUGUGGGCAUCUUUUCUUAACUGCUGGGUCGGUGAUGAAGAAUUGGGAGGUAUGGAAGAAAGGAUUGGAGAAAGAAAGUCAGUAGUCGGUAAGGGGAUUAGAGGGAGAGGGAGAAGGAGAGAGUAAUAGACAUGCGCAUUUUGGUUCUUGGGGACAUGGGUGUGCGCAAGGUAUUGGCUUGGGUUGGUUGGUUGGUGGUUGUGGUUAGCAGCUGGAACCAGACCGGAUGGACAUAGAGAUGCGUACCUACCUAUAGAAGAUAUCUGGAAUAUCAACUGUUAC